AUGGAGAACCAUCAAGGCAUCUGGGGUGGAUACGUCGAUGUCGUGCGAGGCUUGUAUUGGUGUCGCAUCUGUGCCAAAUUCUUCGACAGUAAGGCGAAAGCACGGGAACACUGUCGCAGCACUACCAAGCACGUAUGGUGCGAUGAGUGCGAGCGAAUCUUUGUCUCCGCCGAGUCUUUGGAGGACCACCGUCGACAUGCGAUAGUCCACCAGCACAUCUGUAAGGACUGUCAGCGAGCCUUCCCAUCGACACAGGCUCUCCGGCAGCAUUACGAAUACUCCUCGGCGCACCACAUCUGCUUCUAUUGCGACAAUUGGCCCGACUUCCACGCCGUUUCCAGCCUCGAUGACCAUCUGCUGAAGGUACAUUUCUACUGUUUUGACUGCGGCACCACCCGUGCUUCUCAAUACGCCCUGAACGAGCAUGCGGUGGCCGAGCACCACGGUUGUGAGAUCUGCUUCAAGACCUUCUGGUCUGACGGGGCGCGCAAGGUUAACCAGCAUAUGAAAACGCACGACGAACGCGUAUACCGGUGCAAGACGUGCCACACGCGCGCAUUCACCAACUUCUCGCACCUUCUGCUCCAUCUGGAACGCAGCCUCUGUGGGCCAUACAAUCGAGUCAAGCUGAUGUCCUUGGAACUGCCAUCCCGGCGCGACUUCUACGAUGCGCGCAAGAUACAGCCGUGGUGUUGCAAGAACUGCAAUCGGUCUUUCGAAUCCCCGUCCGCCCUGUUCGCCCAUUCGAAUGAUAGCCAGGUUUGCAAGAACCUCCUAGAGGAAGGACAAUGUCUCGCGGUGCUAAAAGCGCACCUAAUGAGGCACUUCGUGACUCAGUCAGGCCCGCCGCGAGCCAACCAAUCACGAUGA